AUUUUCAAGAAAUAAUAUCAUAUUUUAUGCUACAUUUAAAUACGUAGUUAAAAUAGUAACUUUAAUCAUCAGAUGCAAGACUAUGUCCGAAUUCUGGAGAUCAACAAGUACGUCCGUAUUGGGACGCCGAUUUUGGGUCGAACGAAUCCAUAAUGCAUAAUUGAUCGACCACACAGUAUCAGUGCCAUGCACCUACGUCAUCAACACCGUCGGUGCCCGAAAUUCAAACUAACCGAAAAAUAGUCCCAGAAUUUCCGGCAGUGGAAAUAACUAACCCCCGUCGUACGGUACACAGAAGUAGGUUCCAGGGGAAACAUACAAAAAAAGCGAGAUCGUUUGUGAUUGGUCCGCCUCAGCCACGACAGUAAAGCUCAUGCUCGCAAAGGUUCGUCCUGCUCAUUCUUUCAUGCAGCUGUGAAGCGAACGAAACAUUAAUUUGCAUACAAUCUUCAGUAUAAAAGGGUGCCGGAUCGAUCGAGGAGUGUAUCAAAUCAAUUCGAAAGCUUGUACCGUGAACAGUUUCUCGAUUGCAGCUUCCCGUUGUCGGAUUAUCACUUGAUAUCCUGUGCCCGUGUGCCUUUUGAAGGAGUGUUUGUACACGUGUCUUAAAGUGUUACGUGCGUACGUUUGUGUUUUGCACCAUAAAAGAAGAGUGCUGAUCGUACAUUCGUGUUGCAAACGUUGAGGGAGUGAUCUACAAUUAGUACAGCAUGGAUCGUGUAAGCGAAACGUUGUUGAGCUCUAGCAGCACGGCUUACUUGAUGGUGAGCUGCUUUCUGCUGACACUGCUGAUGCUGCUGCCCGAACUAAAGCAGAAAGUGUUCGUACGCAGUGAGGUGUUGCAGGCACUCCGACAGCUGAUCGGCAGUGUCGGAGUGUCGUUCGGAUCGGAUGACGUUAUGGAAGGCGAGCUGGUAAAGCCAGCACCUGGACCGAAAAACUAUCCAAUCAUUGGCGCACUGAAGGAGCUGAACGGGUACGAGGUACCGUAUCAAGCGUUCAGCGAGUUUGGUCAGCGAUACGGACCCGUUACGGCGUUGCGCCUCGGAUCGGUGAAUGCGGUUGUUGUAAAUGGGAUCGAAAACAUUAAGGAGGUGCUGAUCAACAAGGGUCAGCACUUUGACAGUCGGCCCAACUUCCGCCGUUAUCAACUGUUGUUUUCGGGCAAUAAGGAAAACUCACUUGCUUUCUGCGACUGGUCGGAAGUGCAGAAAGCACGACGUGAUAUGCUCGUACCACACACCUUCCCACGUAACUUCAGCGGACGGUUCGAUGAGCUAAACACAAUCGUUGUGGACGAAAUCAGUCAUAUGCUCGGUACGGUCAGGGAUGCAACCACGCUCGAAAUUAAGCCACUAGUGCUAGCGAUCUGCGCUAAUGCGUUCUCACAGUACUUCGGCAGCCAUCGCUUUGAGGUGGAAGAUAAACGCUUCCAGCAGCUGGUGCGUAACUUCGACCAGAUCUUCUAUGAAGUCAAUCAGGGCUAUGCGGCUGACUUCCUGCCGUUUCUGCUACCGCUGCAUCGUCAGAACCUGCGCCGCAUGGACCGUCUGGCGGAGGAGAUACGCACGAUCAUCUUGGAGACGAUCAUUGGUGAUCGGUAUGAGCGGUGGGGCGAAGGUAGCGAACCCUGUGAUUACGUUGACAGUCUGAUCGAACACGUCAAGGCAGGUCGCGGCCCGGCCCUCGAAUGGGAGACGGCACUGUUCGCUCUAGAGGACAUCAUCGGUGGACAUUCAGCCGUCGGUAACUUCCUGGUGAAAACAUUCGGAUAUAUCGUUCAGCACCCGGAGGUACAGCAACGUAUCCAGGCCGAGGCAGAUGACGUGCUGGAGCGACACGGUCGGCAGGUGAUCGAGCUAACCGAUCGUGCCGAAAUGCCAUACACGGAAGCGGUCAUCAUGGAAGCACUACGCUUGAUUGCGUCCCCGAUCGUACCGCACGUUGCCAACCAGGACAGCCAGAUUGGAGGUUUCACCGUGGCCAAGGAUACGCUCAUCUUCCUCAACAACUACGAUCUCAGCAUGUCGCCUCAGCUUUGGGACGCACCGGAAAGCUUUCGACCGGAGCGCUUCUUGCAGCAGGGACGUGUGGUGAAGCCGGAUUUCUUUAUCCCGUUCGGAGCCGGGCGGCGUUCCUGCAUGGGCUACCGGAUGACGCAACUGCUUAGCUUCUCCAUCAUUGCGAACCUACUGCGGUCAUACACAAUUGCCCCAAUCGAGGGACAGGACUAUCGUGUACCGGUUGGAUCGUUGGCAAUGCCUGAGCGGUCCUACAACUUUAAGGUGGCGGCACGCAGCUGCUAAAUGAUGAGCAGAUCGCAACUACCAUUAUCACUACUACUAUUCCUGCUACUAGACGGCCCAUCCAAUACUCAAAACACCGUGACAGAUCGGUUGAUCAUAUGUAGUAGCGCAAGGCCAGGGAUGGCCUCUUCCGGGAAGGAUGCCUACUAGCGGUUUUCUAUACGAUCGACGACACAGAACUGAUUAGUCGUCGAGAAGCAGAAAAACUCGCUGAGGCUAUCGAAUUUCGAGGUCACGGACAACUUGUGGAAGAGCCAGCAGAACAGAGUGUAAGGUUGAGGUUGAAUUGUGAAAUUAUGUUAGUAUUUUUUUUUUUGCUACUUUUAUGUAUACUUCUUCCACUCCAAUGCGUGUAUUUAUGUUGAUCAUGUGUGUAUAUUACGAUAUUUGAGCUGCUACCACAGCAGGUGCACUUUAGAGCACAAGUGCUUCGCACGUUGCGUGUACGUUUGUUGGUAGAGUGCUCAUAUUUUUGUUAAAUUGCCAUUGCUUUGCUGUGAUGUAGUAGAGAAAGUGCUUCCUCCACACGAGGGAAGGAUUGUAACGAAUUGGGGAAACAUUGCGAGCUUAGGAGAGAAUCGGUAGGGUUAAAGUAGUUAGCUUCCGAUGUAGGACAGCAGUGGACUAAUUCACUUAAAAUGUGCCCUGCAUCUUAGCGACAAACUGAUUAGCGUGUAAGAAUAGGCUGAUGAAACGGAGUGACUGAGUGUUGCUGUGCGUGAAAUUGAAUCUGACUCUGCUGCCCUACAUAGCAAGUGGCUGGCCAAUAGCACCAGUAAGACAGCCUACUUCCUCUCUAGAUAAUUCGGUAUGACUGCCAAAGAACUUGAAGGGCCAGGUUGAUACACCAUGAUAUUGUUUCCGAUGCGUUAGCAUGAGCAUUAGAAAAGAUAGCGGAAGUGGCAGAAUCUUCUUACGUACCAUAGCAAAAUGACCGUCGAGGUGCAGUGGAGUCCGUCAGUAAUAUUACUUCAGUUAGGAAAUGCUAGAUCAAAUGUAUCAUCUUUAGAAUAGUAGAAGUUAUUUCAAAAAUACAUACAUAU